AUGAAGGUUGUCGUGUGCCGUAAUCUUGGGGAGGACGCUGUGGGGAUUUUGAAGGCCAAGAAGGAGCUUGACCUGGUUGUAUGGCCUGGGCCGGACGAUAAAGCCGCUGAUCGGCGGUGGCUGCUUGAGAAUGUGGAGGGCGCGGUGGGGGUUAUUGUUAUGCUGACGGAUAAGGUGGAUGAUGAACUGCUGGAUGCAGCUGGCCCUUCGCUGCGGGUCGUGUCGACUAUGUCGGUUGGGUACGAACAUGUUGACCUGAAAGCGGUCGGGCGACGUGGUCUGAAACUGGGAUAUACCCCUGAUGUGCUCACAGAAGCAGUCGCCGAUCUCUGCAUCAUGCUCGCCCUGAUGGCCUCGCGAGUCAACAAUGGCGUAUCCAUCGUCCAGGCUGGCACAUGGAGAGACUACUCCUGGAAGCCCUUUGGCUUCUGCGGCCCCCAGCUGAGCACCACCUCGCCCUCACAAACGCGCACAGCCGGCUUCCUCGGCUUCGGGCGCAUCGCACAGGCGACGCUCCGCCGCCUCGUCCCCUUUGGCAUCACACACGUCCUCUACUCCGGCAACCCCGGGUCCCCGCCCGACUCGGAGCGGGACGCAGCGCUCCAGACGCAACACAACCUCAGAGAGCUCCGCAAAGUAGACCUGAAAGAGCUCGCGCGGGAGAGCGACGUGCUCUUCGUUCUCGCGCCCGGCGGGCCGAGCACGUACCAUGUCGUGAAUGAGGAGUUUUUGAGGGAGAUGAAGGAGACGGCGGUGCUGGUGAACGCGAGCCGGGGGACGCUGGUCGAUUCGGAGGCGCUCGCGGAGGCGUUGGGCAGGGAGCGGCCGAGGCCGUUUGGGGCGGGGUUGGACGUUGUGGAGGGGGAGCCGAAUGUCGGGGCUGAGCAUCCGUUGGUGAAGGAGCCUAGAUGCGUGAUCGUGCCGCAUGUGGCGAGUGCGACGUUCGAGACGAGGACGGCGAUGGCGACGCGGGCUGCAUAUAACCUCGUCGGAGCGCUGUUUGAUGAGCCUAUGCCAUCUUCUGUCGAUUUGUCGUCUUUUCAGUAGUGAAGGGCAGUAAAUAGCCCCUGUGUUUGAUAAGAUGUGCCGAUAGGGUGUUGUCUGAUAUUUGGC